AUGAUCAUUGUCUCUUGGAAUAUAAGAGGACUGAAUAAGUCCUACAAGCAACGAGAAUUCAAAAAGUUCUUGUUGCUGAAUAAAGUAGAUUUAAUAGCUUGCCUAGAGACAAGAGUUAAACAACAAAGUGCUAAAGAAAUUCAGAGGAAGGUUGGUGUAGAUUGGAAAUUCACAGACAACUAUACCUAUGCACCAAAUGGAAGAAUCUGGAUAGGAUGGAAAGUGGCAAAUGUUAAAGUCAUAGUAUUGGAUUGUUCUGAUCAGAUGAUACACUGUUGUGUCACUGAUAAUAAUUCAUCAUUUUCCAGUUAUAUAACUUUUGUAUAUGGAUUGCACACUAUUCAUGAUAGAGCCUCACUAUGGAGAAGUCUGAGGAACAUACAGACUAAUGGACCUUGGCUUAUAAUAGGUGAUUUCAAUAGUGUGCUACAUGUGGACGAUAGACUGAAUGGGAUCCCUGUUCAUCAAGCAGAGACAACUGACUUUCAAAGUUGUAUUGAUGACUUUGGGGUGCGGCAAAUCACUAAGAGAGGCUGCAAAUUCUCAUGGAGUAACAAGAGGGAUGCAGACAUCAGAAUAUAUAGCCAUAUAGACUGGGCAUUUGGGAAUGCUGACUGGUUUCAACAAUAUAAUGGUGUGGAAGCUAUCUACAUGCUGUCAGGCUGCUUAGGUCAUUCAUCUAUCAUGAUAACCACAGAAGUUAACAGGGUAAAAGUGAAAAAACCUUUUAGACUCCUGUAUACAGUGAUGAAGCUACAAGAAUAUAAGGAGGUCGUGCAGAAUACAUGGGGUCAACAGAUCCAAGGUUACACAAUGUACUCAAUAUGGAGGAAGUUAAAGCUAGUGGAGAUGCAGACUAGAAGCCUCCAACAGGAACACUCUUCAGUUGAUAAGAAACUAUUUCAACUGAGGGAAACACUCAAGGAGGUACAGGGCAAGCUUAAUGAAGACCACUUUAAUAACUCACUGAUUGAAGAGGAAAGAAGGACACUGUGGCUUAUAGAGAAAUGGGAAGCAGUACAGGAACAAAUAUUGAGACAGAAAUCAAGGGCCACAUGGAUCAAGCUAGGUGACUGCAAUUCCAAAUAUUUCCAUGCUUACAUGGAGCCAGACAAGCAAGGAACAAAGUUACCUGCAUCUACAAUGACCAACAUAUCAAAAUAUCAUAGCCUAAACAUAUACAACUGGAGUUCACUCAGUUUUUUAGCACCUACUGGGUACAACAGCCACUGA